AAAGAAGGUUGUAGUAUUGCCCACUGCAGCUGCUAUCCUUUAACCGGCAAUCUGAGCAGGACAGUGGCAAUGGCUAAGGUCUGAAGGAAUUAUCCCCAAAACUUCCUUUUCUCCCCCAAACACAGGAAGCGGCAAAAGAAAAACGUUUCGAAUUUUCUUCCUGCACCACGUGUCAUCUCCAAUCCAUGCAGCAGACGCCACUCAGCUCCAUCCGCCAUGGUUUCCCUUCCCCCUUUCCCCUCCCAAUUCCCACAAAGAACUCGCCUCUCUCUCUCUCUAGUCUUAUCCACAAACCCAUUAUAAUCCCCUUCCACCCGGCCGGCUCUCCAUCAUCCUUCUCAGGAAUUCCCUCUUGCAAUCUGGUAAUAAAAGCUAGCUGAGACAAUUUGAUCACUACUACUAAUGGAUCUGAUUCACAAGUUCCUGAACUUGGUAGCUCCCCCAUUCACCUUCUUCUCCCUCUGCUUCCUCCUCCCGCCCUACUACCUCUACAAGGCCUGCGCCACCGCGCUGCGCUACCUCACCAGCGAGGACGUCUCCGGCAAGGUCGUCCUCAUCACCGGCGCCUCCUCCGGCAUCGGCGAACACCUGGCUUACGAGUACGCGAGCAGGGGCGCGUGCCUGUCACUCGUCGCCCGCAGAGAAGUCGGCCUGCGAGAUGUAGCCGAGGUCGCUCUUGAAUUGGGAUCUCCGAAAGUCAUCUCCAUCGUUGCAGAUGUCCAGAACGUCGACGACUGCAGGCGAAUCGUCGACGAAACCGUUAACCAAUUCGGCGGAAGAUUGGAUCACUUGGUGAACAAUGCUGGGAUCUCUUCGGUGUGCAACUUCGAAGAUGUCGCCGAUAUCACCAGCUUCAGAACCAUCAUGGUAAUUAGUUGCACAAAAUCACAUUUUUCAUCAGCUUUCAAACUGAGAUUCAGUCCCCAACUGUUUUCGUUCUGCAGGACACCAACUUCUGGGGAUCGGUUUACAUGACCCAAUUCGCCAUACCGCACCUGGCCAGAUCCUACGGCAAGAUCAUCGCCAUGGCGUCCGCUGCUUCGUGGCUGCCCGAGGCAAAGAUGAGCUUCUACAAUGCGAGCAAAGCAGCCGUGGUGUCCUUCUUCGAGACGCUGAGGGUGGAGCUAGCUCACGCCGUGUCGGUCCUGAUCGUCACUCCGGGGUACAUCGAAUCGGAGCUGACGAAGGGCAAAUUCAUGACUAGUGAGGGCAGGAUGGAAGUGGAUCAGGAAUUGAGGGAUGUCAAAGUGGGUGCCGUGCCCGUGGCGUCGGUCAGGUCGACGGCGAGCGCGAUCGUGAAGAGCGCUUGCAGAGGGGACAAGUACUUGACGGUUCCAGCCUGGUACAGGACCACUUGGUUGUGGAAGAUUUUCUGCCCCGACGCCGUCGAGCUGGCCUACCGCUUGUUCUUCACCAGCCCGCCGGGCGGGCCGGAGACUGCUGCGCCGAGCAAGAGGGUGCUGGAAAUGACUGGCGCGCAGAGGUUGCUUUACCCUGAGAGCAUUCAGAACCCCAACAUCAAAAGAGAGUAGAGGAAUUAGGCACUCCUUCGCACUUUCGCCUUUGUAUCUAUAUCCAAUGUCGAUGUAGUGUUUAUAAACUUGGGAUUUCACCCAAAUUGUGAAAUCGAAAUAAUAAAAAGCCGGGAGGUUUGUUA